AUGUUGCGCAUUGUGUCGCUGAGUGGGGAGCUUGUCGCGCAGCUGGACAUCGAGGACCUUCGUGUCCGACCACCCCGGAUACAGGGCCCGUGUGAUCCCGUCAGCGCUAUCAAGCACCGAAUCAAGGACGAGAGACGUAUCUCCGUGUUUCGGCAGCAGCUCCUGCAUGGCAGCAGGGUCCUCUCCGAAGACACGGAGUGGGAAGAAGUUGAAGCUUUUCACGAGAUACAGAUUAUCUUCACGGACUAUGUGGAGGAUUACACAUCGAAGCUUCUAGCAGCGGCUGCUGCAGGCGAUGCCAAAGAGGUUGCCGCUAAAUUGCUCAACUUCCAGACGCCCGACACGGCAGAUGAGCGUGGUGAAACAGCUGCGUGGAAGGCCAGUCGGGGUGGUAAUUUGGCCGUCCUCGAGACUCUGAGGCACGCCUGCGCAGAUUUUGACAAGCCAGAUGAUGAUGGGGUCACACCUCUGCACAUCGCCUCGAGAUGCGGGCAAGUGCCGUCCAUGCGCUUGUUGAUCGACUGUGGGGCGGACGUGAAUGCUGUGUCCAGAGACGAUGUGGCACCGCUGCACAGCGCUGCCCAAAACGGGCAGCAGGAGGUGUUGCUGUGCCUCAUCGGAGCCGGUGCUGAUGUCAACAUCACAGGACCACACGGCGAGACACCGCUCUUCAUUGCCGCAGAGUAUGGCAGACUGGAGAUCGUCCGAUUGCUCGUGAAUGCUGGUGCGCAGAAGAACCAAGCUGCGAGUGACGGCGAGACGCCACUACUCAUUGCAGCUGUCAACAACCAGUGGCCCAUCUUCCGAUACUUGGUGGAGCACGCCGCGGAUGUGCAGCUGGCAGCUUUGGACGGGACCACUCCCCUCUCUAUCGCGACGCAGAGCGGAUCUCUAGAAGACGCGCGUCUUUUGGUGGCCGCAGAAGCAGACGUUGAAGGCAGCGUCUGUGGCGGAACGCUGCUGUCCAUGGCAGCCAAGCAUGGGCAGGUUGAAAUGGUUCAAUUUCUCGUCCAAGCGAGGGCUGACAAGGACAAAGUGGGCAAACAUGGGGCGACUCCGUUGUCUGUCGCAGCCAAGUAUGACCAGCUUAGCUCCGUGCAGUACCUCAUCGAAGCUGGUGCCGACAAGGACAAGAUCGGUCUUCAUGGAGCCAGCCCGCUGUUCAUUGCUGCCAAGUACGGUCAGGUGGAGAUGGUUCGUUUCUUGAUCGAUGCCCGUGCCAACAAGGACCCCGCCGGUCCGAGUGGAAUCACGCCACUUCAAGUCGCAGUUCGAAGCGGCGUGGCCGACACCGUUUCGGUCCUUGUGGAAUCAUCAGUGGAGCUGGACAGGCCGGGGCUCCAUGGCGCCACGGCGCUGUUCAGUGCUGCCCAAGAUGGGCACCUGAGGAUUGUGCGUUGUUUGGUCCAGGCCAAGGCUGACUUAAAUGCACCGGCAGAGGAUGGUGCCACGCCCCUUUUCAUCGCGGCCCAAAGUGGCCACUUGCAGACGGUCGCAUUUCUUGCCAAAGCAUCGGCCGACCUGAAUAGGGUCGGACAGCACGGCGCGACCGCUUUGUUUAUUGCCGUGCUUAGUGGAGAGCUGGAGAUGGUCCAGUGUUUAGUGGAGCUACGGUCCAGCCUGGAUGUGGCAGGCCAAGAUGGCGCCACGCCACUGUUCGUAGCCGCCCAAGCAGGGCAGCUCGAGAUGGUGCAAUGCCUGUGCCAAGCCGGUGCCGACACCGAGCGACUGGCUGCAAAUGGCCAGUCUGCUUCGGAUGCUGCAGCUUCUGCAUGUUUCCCGGACGUAGUCGAACUCCUGCAAGCCAACGCAGUGGUACUAGCUAUGGGCACUGCCGACCUUCCCGAGACAUUGGGCAUUCCAGGCGAAGAUUUGGCCUGGGUCACGCACCGUCCUCCCAUUCAUUCUCCAGUUCUUAUGGAGAAGCUAGGUCACCUAUUAGUUGUGGGUGCCGGCCUCAGUGCAGCGGAUGCCAUCCUGCACGCACUGCGCAGAGGCAAUGUGCGGGUCACCCAUGUGUUUCGCGGAAAGGCGCUGAGCACAAAGGUCGGGAAAAUGUUCGGCACUUACACUGGGAACGGAAUGUACGAGGAGGAGGAGUGGCUCGCGCAGCUCAUGACUGGAGCAGUUCAAGACGAGCGCUACACGCCUUUGGCAGCAGAGUCGGAGCUCCUGGAAGUCAAGGACGACGGGAGCUGCCGAGUGCGUGGACCAACGCAAGAGCUGCUUUACGUUUCCGAUGUUUCCGUCGUGGCACUGCUGCUUGGAUCCACGCCGCAGCUGAGCUGGCUACCGGCGUCUCUGCGCCGUGCCGCCUUGGAACGCCCAAGAGCGCCGCAGCACCGCACGGACGGUCAGCUGAGCAGUCAUCCGCAGUUCUUGGCGAUAGACGAGGCGACCUUCCAGCUGGCUGACGCGGAGACGGGGAAGGUGCUUUCCCCGAACGUCUUCGACACUCGGACACUUUCGAAUGAGUGCAGCGGGGUCUGCUUGUGUCUUGCGAUACUCUUCAUUGUGGCAUUCACCUAUAUACUAUAG